AUGAUCACAGAUCACAUUACUGUCGCGCAGGCGGCGGCAGUACUCAACGUUGCCAUCGUCCUUGUACAAGUCACAUAUCCUCUGCUUAUCUCGUUGGUCGCUGUCGGAAUCGUCAAGCGCAGGACAAAUGUUGCAACAUGGUCGGUCUUUGGACGUCUGAUCAACCACUCGCACUGGCCAUUCCUCUUACAGACCGAUGCUGUGAAUGGCAAGAAGGUGGACAAGCGCAUUCAAGGCAUUGCUAUUACAUCCACACUCACGACGCUCUUGCUCGCUGUCGCUGCAGUCGUCACGCCACUGGGGCUGCGCAGCCAACUACGUGCUGGCGAAGUUCAAGAUAUUCGUUUUGAAUAUGUCCGGGACACCAGUGCCCUAGGCAUGGCUGCGCAAUCCCGCGUUGGGUACAAACCAGACAGAUUGUGCAACGAUGGGAUAUUUUAUGAGCCUUGUCCGGGCAACGAUGAUGGAGUGUAUAUGCUUCGUAACGCGUCUGGAAGAGGCUUGCUCACGAGCCCCGGGAGGGACGACGCUACUCUCACGACGAACAUUCCCGAAAACACGACACAAGUGUUCUCAAGCGCCGAUAGUGAUUUCGGAGGCACAGUUGCCAAUAUCUUUGACAUCCAGUAUCGAUCUUUCAUCAACUACAACAAUCAGACGGAGCCAGCGAGAAUCAAUCGGGCUGAGUGGGUUGAUGCUGGUAAGCCUCGGACGCAGGGCAAGUUCCAAUACUACCAGCAAUUCCUGCUGGAGAACAAGACUCGUGCUGUGGAAGGUUUGAUAGUGUCUACCCAAGUGAACCAGACUGGCAUCGGCUUUCGCAACCACACUCUGCCUCCGACAUCAGAAUACGGGUACUCCUGGUCAGAGCACAUUCUUUGGCUAGAACCAGAGACGGCAUGCACAAAUCUCAAUUUGACUUACGAGUACACCAUUCCAGCGCCAGGGUUCCAACUCGAUAACAAUAUCAACCAAGCCAUCGUAGACCGCGGAGGAUUUGUGGACUCACCAUCCACGUUCGAAACUCCGGAGCUCAGUAAUACACAAGCAGAUCCCAAAUUUCUCGAGCGCUCCUAUGUGGCAGCAGUUGCCACCAACAUCUUCUUGGGCAGAUACAUGAAUGUCACCAAGAGUACUGCAGAAAUGGGGAAGCGAUAUCUAAUGGAGGAUUACAUGGACAACGGGACUUUCAGCUCUUCCUUGCAGAACAAUCCUGAACCAAACCACAUUGUUCUAUCGGCCUUUGGCAAGUACGACUAUGCGACUAAUCGCUCACGUCCUAAUUUGCCGGGCCCGUUGAGAAUUCUGGGGACAUCCAAUUUCUCUGAAAAUGUCGCUCCUGACAUUGUUCUGAUUGCUGAUCUCAUCAACGGCUUCAACUCUAGCUAUGCCACGAACAUCACACGAAUUGGCGCAAAAGGAGGCCUCGUACUCGGCACUGGCACGCAAAUAGACGAUCAGGGGAAUCCAGUUCCUGGCAGCGACGCCCUCCAGCUCACUCCUGGCAGCAUUUGGCAACAGCCGAUCUACUCCUGCGUCUCGGGCGUGUCGGCAUCGAUCAAACUCGUCGAUUUCCAGAUCAACGGCACUGCCAAUCUCGAUAAUCUCAUCAUCGAAAACGUUCGAGACGUCGAGUACGCCUCCGACAACGACCUGCCUACCUGGGCAAUAGAGAACACCUACCGCAAAAUCGCCGCUAUGGACCCAUACUGGGGCCUCAUUUCCUCAGAAGCAGCAAACACAGCCAAUGUCUCGACAGUCCGUCAAUCGAAGUUCCGACUUCCUGCAAAUGCUGCUUCAGCUUUCGGAGGUACUACACUUAUCGAGGAUGCUGUAGCAGGAAAUCGAGCGCCCUUCGCAGCUCUGGCCGAUAUGUUUGGAGAUUUUAACGAUGUCAUUCCCGGAGCGCAAGACUACACGGGAGCGAGCAACUACUUGCUAUAUCUGCAAUGGCAACGACUUCUGGCGAACGGAGCAAACCCGGGCAAAAUCGUGGAUUUGAUCUGGACGGACCUCAUGGCCAAUAACCUGGUCAGCGCGCGAAGCACGCUUUCCACGGCUGCCGACCAAGAUCAAAUGCAACGUCGUGACACUUCUUCCUCGACGGCAUACGCUAUGAGACCUGCUGCGCAGUACUCGAUCGGAAUCUCUUACGAUUGGCGCUACGCUAUCCCUGCUCUCAUGUUUGGAUGCGUGUACGCCGCACUAUUCGUAUGGUCGCUGAUCAUGUUCUUGACGAGGAACUUGAGUUUGGGAAUUUUGAGACACAUGCUUAACCAGACAUCGGCGGGACGAGCGAUUACGACUGAGCGGAGUCAGGCGAACAAUGAGAUCGAUGUUGCGAGGACACCAGUUUGGGCGAGAAUCAAAGGUGAUGAGACUGUGAGAAUCGGGAAGGACUCUCUGGGCGGAAGCUAUAAUGGGCAGCACGGAGGACAAGGAUCGGGAUCGCAGGAGUAUUAUCCCUUGGAGGCGAAGCCGGGGAUGAAUCAUGAGGUUGAGAGGGCUUCGCAGUAG